AUGUCGCGGGCAGAGACAGAGCCGCUCCUCCCUCGUUAUGACGACGACACGAGCCGCCAGCGCCGGCUGCAUCAGAAGAUCCAUACCUAUCAGAUGCUCCGCGCCUUUUCCGAGGGUUACAUGCCAUCGACCGAGCAAACAAUUGCGAACCUCCGCAGUCUCUUAUCUUUCGAUAUACUGAGCCCCCGCAACCCCGAUAUAGGCUCGGUGGGCCGUCAGCUAGUCCGCGAUUGCCGCCUGUGGAUCCAAUUGUUGAUUGAGUUCCUACAAUCCAAGAACGGCGACGAUCAAUUGCAGGAGUUCAUUUGGCAUCUCUCUCAUGGCCGGAUAAAUGUCCAUGCCGAUCAGCUCGCCGAGCGUGCUUCCCAUUCGAGAGCCGAGGCAGAUACCAGAGCAGCCUAUGAUAGCCUUCGCACCGUCGGAAAUCUCCUGUUAACAAAUGCCGACUUCCGGCUGUUUGCCGAGGACCUAACAACUGUCGGCCGUGAGAUAUUCUCAGACACAGCAUUCUCUCUAUCUAGAGCUUCCCGAAAAGCUGGGAAGAAGCUCAAGCCAAAAGAGGCCGAGCAACAAGCCCUGUCUGGCGCUGGUGCAGAUGAGGGCCAUAAUAUAUCAAACGAAGAGUUACAGGAAGAAGUAAACCAUGUCGCCGACGCCGCGAAGGUCGGACUCGCUCAGACUGGCCAUGAGGCCAAAGAAUCCGCCGAGGAACAUCUAUCUGGAAAGGAACAAGAAACUCUGAUACAUCGAUUGAAACAGACUGUCCUUAAGCUCCGUGAGCGCAGUGAUUAUACAGACUCGGUUGCUGUUCUGGCACGACUAUUGCAACGAUAUGCUAUGGUCUACGCAAACGCAGCGACGGAUGUUGCUUCGACUGCAGAAGAGGAGUCGGAAAUUAACGAAGAGCUGAAAGAAGCAAUCCACAAAUUCUGGGCUCUCCUACAGACCAUAGGGGAUCCCAAGGAAUGGAAGGCCUUGGAGCAGCGACUUCACGACGUGCUGCGGCAUGCCACUAAAGAUCCCGAAUUUGAGGAUUUGGUGUCAGAGAUAGGGUCUGCGAUGCAGGAGAUGAUGACGAAUCCUGACUCCUUCGACUCUGCUCCAGAGAAGAUUGACGAGCUGAAGGAGAAGUCGAAGCACGUGGGCGCGGAAUCCAGUUUACGGAAGGACAUCGACGAAUUCCUUGCACAGGGGAAGCGGACAUUACAAAGUAUUUCCCGGGACGAAAAAGUCUCCAAAAUGGUCAGCGCGACUCGUAAAAUCUACAAGGAUGCUGCGGACGGCUACCAUAACAGGCGGGCCAAUCUGCCUGCGGACUUGCUUGAAGUAUUCCUUCCUCUCAUCCUCCGCAAUAUCCAAUACAUCCCUAUUCCUCGCCUAGAGGUGUCUGCACCGGAGAUGGACCUUUUGGUGGAGAACCUGAUUCUCGAGCCUGGCCAUACUGUGAACUACUCAUCAUUCCUUCCUUAUCAGAUGCAUGUUACGACACGAAACGACAUUGAUGUCUUGAAGCGACACUCGAAGAAAACCACUGCAAACCUGAAAACAACGUUCACUGUAUCAGUAUGCGGCCUGAACGUGAGUGCCGCAGAAUUCGGCUACUGGCUUCGUACUCAUAAGGCACUUUUCUUCUACCUUAAAGACCAAGGGAUUGCAAGCUUCUACCUAGACAGACGAGGUAUUGAUAUCUCGCUGGACGUGGAAGUUGGCCGGGACCGACUAGAGCAGAUAUUCACUCUGCGCGGCGUACGUGUGCGCAUCCACAAGCUCGACUACAAGGUGCAUCAAGGAAAAUGGAGAUUUCUCAUCUGGCUGACCAAGCCAUUCCUCAAACAUAUGAUCCGUCGGGCACUAGAGAAGCAAAUCGCGGAGCAGAUUGUUCAGGCUGCGCAUGCGCUAAACAGGGAAUUGGUAUUUGCUCGGGAGCGUCUUCGAGCCGCACGCAUCGCCAGCCCACAUGAUCUUUUCACCUUUGUCCGCGCAGUUCUGGCUCGCUUGGUUCCAGCCCAGAACCCUGACAUUGAAACCCGCGUUGGCGUCGACGCUCCGGGCAGCGGUGUUUUCAAGGGUGUCUAUGCCCCAGGGAGUCUCGUUAAAGUCUGGCAUGAAGAGGCAUUAGAGGCUCACGAUGCCGUUGAAGAGGGUGAAGAGACUCCAGGUCUGCACAGGACCUGGCGCAAUAGCAUUUUUGAUGUCCCAGUAUGA